AUGUCUCUAAGCACGAGAUGUUUGCUGAAGGAUUUUUGUAAAUACGUAUAUUACGCGGGCGCGGGUAAUUUUUGGUACGAGGACAUUUAUAAAGAGACGGUUCCGUACAAAAUGUACGUUGUAAUUUCUUUCUUUACUUACACGGUUAUGAUUUUCCUUGAAAAUCUAGCGGCGUUGUUUGGAAAAUUGCCUGAAGUUGAAAAAAAUUCGGCCGUCAUGUUCGCCGCGAUACACAACAUUGUUCUCACUAAAAUGUUUCUCUUGUUAUACCAUAAAAGAUCUAUAAGUAAACUUAACUGCGAAAUGGCAGCCGUAGGCGAGAAUCUUGAGGAGGCCAGUAUCAUGAGACGGCAGUUUCGUAAAAUGAGAUUGGGGACAGCAUUAUACUUUAUAUCAGUUUAUCUUUCGCUGGUUGCCUACGGAGUUGAAAGCGCGAGACGAACUAUUGUCGAAGGUGCACCGUUCUAUACUGUGGUAACAUACUUGCCCGAUUAUGAUAACACUACUGUACUAGCAUCGUUCUUACGUAUUUUCUUCUACAUAACAUGGCUGUAUAUGAUGUUGCCGAUGAUGUCAGCUGAUUGCAUGCCCAUUGCUCAUCUAAUCACGAUGACAUAUAAAUUUGUAACUCUGUGCCGUCAUUUUGAUCAAAUAAGAGAAAAAUUUCAAAUAAAUGUGAAAAUUAUGGCGAAAACCGAAGCGACGGAGAUACUGAAACUGGGAUUCAUAGAGGGAAUAAAAAUGCACCAGAAGCUCAUGUAUUUGGCUGACGAGAUACACCGUGUUUUCGGAAUAAUAAUGGCACUACAGGUUUGCGAGAGUUCUGCUGUGGCUGUAUUGCUACUGCUGCGUCUGGCUCUGUCUCCGCAUUUGGAUUUGACAAAUGCUUUUAUGACGUAUACAUUUGUAUGCUCGCUUUUUUUGUUGCUUGCACUGAACCUAUGGAACGCCGGAGAACUCACAUAUCAGGCUUCUCUUCUGUCAAACGCUAUGUUCUAUUCGGGUUGGUAUUUUUGCGACUUUGAAAAAGAUUGGUGUCGUGACAUCAGGCGCCUCGUCCUUAUUGGAUGUGCACAGGCACAGAAACCGUUGAUCCUAAAAGCUUUCGGAGUUCUAGAUUUGUCUUACGAGACAUUUGUAUCGGUUGCAAGAAUGACAUAUUCAGUAUUCGCCGUGUUUUACAAGAGAGGCGACUAA